AGAUCUACAGGGGAAGGUCUAGAAAACAAUAUGAAAAACCACACCAAGGUAACACAAUUUUUCUUGGAGGGAUUCGAAGGACAUCUGGGACUACAGUUAGGAUUGUCUCUACUUUUUACACUGUUAUAUACUGCUACUUUGAUGGGGAAUCUUGGAAUGAUUGCCAUCAUCACUGUUGAUGCCCAUCUUCACAGUCCUAUGUACUUCUUCCUGAAAAAUUUAUCCCUUCUGGAUAUUUGCUACUCAUCUGUCAUCACCCCCAAAGCCAUGCUGACCUUUGCAACUGGGAAUAAGGUCAUUUCCUACAAUGGAUGUGCCACACAGAUGUUCUUCUUCUCUCUCUUUGGGACCACUGAGUGUUUCUUCCUAGCUGUGAUGGCAUAUGACCGAUUUGUUGCCAUCUGCAACCCAUUGCUUUACAAGGUCAUCAUGUCCAAAAAGACUUGUACACUCUUGGUAGCAGUAUCAUACUUCUUUGGGUUCCUCAACUGUUGCACACAAACAGGUCUCACAUUCAGCUUGUCCUACUGUGAGCCAGGAGAGAUCAACCAGUUCUUUUGUGAUGUCCCAGCUGUCAUGAAAGCCUCUUGUUCAGACACUUUUGUAAAUGAAAUUGUGCUGCUAGCAGUGUGCGGCCUUAUCAUAAUUGUAACAUUUACAAUUGUCCUAAUCUCCUAUGGCUAUAUUGUGGCAACCAUUUUGAAUAUACCAUCUGUUGAAGGUAAGCGAAAAGCCUUUUCCACUUGUACUUCACACAUCAUGGCUGUAAGCCUGUUUUUUGGGACAGCUUUCUUUAUGUAUGGACAACCUGGGGCCAUCUCUUCUCCUAAUCAAGGCAAAGUAGUGUCUGUGUUCUACACUAUUGUAAUCCCAAUGAUGAACCCAUUAAUCUAUAGUCUGAGGAAUAAGGAGGUCAAAGCAGCAUUGAAGAGACACCUUACAAAGAUGAUUUUCUUGCACUAA